AUGAGAAACCACACAGUAGUAACAACAUUCAUUCUUCUGGGACUCACAGAAGAUCCUCAGCUAAAGAUUUUGCUUUUUGUUUUUCUUCUUAUCACCUACUUGUUGAGUGUAACUGGAAAUCUGAUCAUCAUUACUCUCACUUUGGUGGAUCCUCACCUUAAAACACCCAUGUACUUUUUUCUCCAGAAUUUCUCUUUCCUAGAAAUAUCAUUUACAAGUGCCUGCAUUCCAAGGUUUAUGCACAGUUUAUCAUCCGGAGACAGAACAAUUACCUAUAAUGCAUGUGCCAUUCAACUGUUUUUCCUAGAUCUCUUUGGAGUAGCUGAAUUUUUGCUUUUGGCCACCAUGUCUUAUGAUCGCUACGUGGCCAUUUGCAAACCUUUACAUUAUAUGACAAUUAUGAGCAGCAAAGUAUGUAAAACAAUGGUUAUAUGCUGUUGGAUGACAGCAUUUAUAAUGAUUCUCUCACUGCUUAUCUUGGUUUUUAAUCUUGAGUUCUGUGACUCCAAUGUCAUUGAUCAUUUUGGCUGUGAUGUACCCCCGAUGCUGAAAAUCUCAUGCUCAGAUACAGGGUUAAUUGAGCAGAUGAUAAUUGUCUGUGCUGUACUGACAUUUGUCAUCACUCUUGCAUGUGUAGUUCUCUCUUACAUAUACAUCAUAAAGACAAUUCUAAAAUUUCCUUCUGUUCAACAAAGGAAAAAAGCAUUUUCCACCUGCUCUUCCCACAUGAUUGUAGUUUCCAUUACCUACAGCAGUUGCAUUUUUAUCUAUCUCAAACCUGCAAAAGAAGAGGUAGAGAUUAACAAAGGUGUGUCAGUGCUCAUUUCAUCGAUAUCACCAAUGUUGAACCCUUUUAUAUAUACCUUGAGGAACAAGCAAGUUAAACAAGCUUUUAAUGACACACUCAGAAAAAUUGCAUUUUUCUCUAAGAAGUAUACUUAA